CACUGACUGACCGACCAGUGCUGUCCUGCCGCCUGAAGCAGAAAGCCUGCUGUGUGGAUGUGUGCAGCCCUCUGGACUUGGUGGGAGGGGGAGAAGUUUCCCCAAAGACAAGCUUGGAUCACUGAGAGAGACGAUGCCUUCCACCUCUAGCCCAGUCUCACAAGCUGCUCAGUGGAUUUGCUGAUUUCGGAAAUUAUUUUCUGCAAGUUAUUCAACGGGACUGAGGAGAGAUUUUGAGCCAGAGAAUGCUCCCACAGGUCAUUCGGAUUCUGUAUGUCUUGUCUUUCUGCUUUUUCCAAGGAGGCUUUAUCAGAUUGAGCUCCUGUAAGGAGGAGAUAAAGCCCCCCGGCAGGGCAGGACCACAGCUGUCACCUUCUGACUUCCUGGACAAGCUCAUGGGGAAAACAUCAGGAUAUGAUGCCCGCAUCAGACCCAACUUCAAAGGCCCACCUGUGAAUGUCACCUGUAAUAUUUUCAUCAACAGCUUUGGGUCGAUCACAGAAACUACAAUGGACUACAGGCUCAAUGUAUUUCUACGGCAAAACUGGAAUGACCCUCGUCUGGCGUACAGCGAAUACCCAGAUGAUUCCCUUGAUCUGGAUCCAUCCAUGUUGGACUCCAUCUGGAAACCUGAUUUAUUCUUUGCAAACGAGAAAGGAGCUAAUUUCCACGAGGUCACAACUGAUAACAAGCUGCUGCGGAUUUUCCAAGAUGGCAGCGUUCUGUACAGCAUCAGGCUGACUCUUACCCUGUCCUGCCCUAUGGACUUGAAGAAUUUCCCUAUGGACAUUCAGACCUGUACCAUGCAGCUUGAAAGCUUUGGUUACACCAUGAAUGACUUGAUCUUUGAGUGGCUUUCUGAGAACCCUGUUCAGGUGGCUGAUGAUCUCACCCUCCCCCAGUUUGUGCUAAAAGAGGAGAAGGAUUUGGGCUACUGCACUAAGCAUUACAACACAGGUAAAUUCACCUGCAUUGAGGUGAAGUUCCACCUCGAACGUCAAAUGGGUUACUACUUGAUCCAGAUGUACAUCCCUUCCCUCCUCAUCGUCAUCCUCUCAUGGGUGUCUUUCUGGAUAAACAUGGACGCUGCGCCAGCCAGAGUGGGUCUGGGUAUUACCACUGUACUGACCAUGACCACGCAGAGCUCUGGUUCAAGGGCCUCACUGCCCAAGGUAUCCUAUGUGAAGGCCAUUGACAUUUGGAUGGCGGUGUGCCUUCUGUUUGUGUUUGCUGCCCUGCUGGAAUACGCAGCAGUUAACUUUGUCUCAAGGCAACACAAGGAGUUUAUCAGGCUGAGGAAAAAGCAGCGGCAGCAAAGAAUAGUAAGUGUGUUUGCCAGUCAGCCUGGGAGUGUUGAGUCGUUGCGGAAAGCGAAUGACAUCCCUGGUAACAACUCAGCCUACAAGAAUCUGAAUCAGCACUGCAGCGUCUGUGCCAGGGAGGAGGAACUGGUGAGGGAGAGCCGUGGUUUUUACUUUCGGGGUUAUGGACUGGGUCAUACCCUGCAGACGAAGGAUGGUACCACUGUGGAAGGGGCCACUGUGUUCACCCCCCCACCUCCGGUUUCCAUAUACAGCGGAGAGGUACUUCACAAGCGUUUUGUGGACCGGGCCAAGCGCAUUGACACCAUAUCCAGAGCCUUCUUUCCCUUAAGCUUCCUCAUAUUCAACAUCUUCUACUGGAUCACCUAUAAAGUGCUGCGACACGAGGAUAUCCAUGCAAAUUUGUAAAACGCUCUGUGCCGGCUUCAUGCUAAAUUUUAGUUUUUUUUCUCAGAACCAAAACUGCCUGUCAGAUCUACAUUACAAUGAGGAAAUGUGUCAAGAGGCAUAUCUGCUUCUAAAAACUGUGUGCUCAGGUGCGUCUUCAGGAUCUCAGACGAAGAGUGAUUAAGCUAAAAGACAAGGUUAAGCUGUGUGGAUUCAGGCUGGUGUUGUUUGUGAUUGCCCUCUGGUUUCUGUCUUGGUUUGAUUCGUCUGGAUUACAACAGAGACAAAACACUGCUGGUACUUGUGGGUUCAUGACUUUUGUUUGAGAUUAUAAGAGUUCAGAGAGGUUGACGUUGAUCCUGGCUGAAUGAGACAUACUGACUUGAAUUUUGACACUAGGCAUCUUUGAAUGAAUGUUUUUGAAAAUUCAAAAGAUAAUGUUUUUUUUAGCUUUACCUUUUUGAUUAUCAGAUCGGUACCGGGGGGUGGGGGGUGAGGGUCUUUGAUAUUUAAUAAUAUUCAAUAAGUGGUAAUAAUUCAAAUUAUAUAUAAAGUGUACAAAGUGUAUAUAAACAAAGCUCUUCAUUAAACUACACAAAGCACAAAUAUGUAUUUCCUUUUGUCUAAAUUGAAAUAAAUUGUUAUUCUGCCAGGAAACAAGAA